AUGGAGGAAGUACUAAAACAAAUUACACAAGUGCUACAAAACUUACACCAAAACCAAGGAAAUACAAAUACAAUGGAUCUAAGAGGAAUUCAACUACAGAAGUUCGAUGAGGGAAACGAAACCUUUGAAUCGUACGUACAAAGAUUAGAAAAUUACUUAGAAUUACGAAACUUGACAGAAGAUACAUCGGAAAAUGAUAAACGGAAGGUUCAAAUUUUGAUCAGCUGUUUGGGGCCGAAACACUACCAAAUAUUAUCAAACCUUACAGCACCAGACUUACCGAAGACAAAGAAAUACGAGGAUCUUGUAAACCUGUUACGAAGCCACAUUUCUCCAAAACCAAGCGAGAUAGCGGAACAGCACAAAUUCACGAUGCGAGUACAACACGAGGGUGAGUCAAUUGCUCAUUUCCAUUCUGAAUUAAAGAAACUUACCACAAAUUGUAAUUUUGUUUGCGAAAACUGUAAACAACCUACGGUGAAUACGCAUUUACGUUCACAAUUUAUACGAGGGGUAAGAGAUUCGGAAAUCCGUGAAAGACUACUUCAACAAAAUAAGUUAACAUUCGAAGAAGCGUUGAAAGUUGCCAUAUCCAUCGAAGCUUCAAAACAAGAAAGCCGAGAAAUUCAAAGACCAAUAAUGGCAGUAAAUUACGUCAACAAAGAAAAGAAAAAGUUUACAAAUAAAUCAGGAAAUCAAAAGAAUACAGGAAAUUUAAAAGAAAAGAAAUGUUUUAGAUGUGGAAAAGAAAAUCAUAUCGCUAAGGAUUGCAAAGCCGAAAACCUAAAAUGCAAGCAUUGUGGAAGAAAGGGACAUGUAGCCAUCGUAUGCUUCCAACAAGCGAAGAAGAUAAAACAAUUGAAAGAGGAGGAUGAAGAAGAAGAGGAGGAAGAAAAUGAAGAGAAAAAUGAACUGGAAGAAUAUACAAUAAAUAGCAUUAAGAAACUGGAUACCACUCAUUGCAAUAAAUACAUGAAGUAUAAUAAAUUAUUCGAACCGACUUUGGGGAAGAUACCCAAUACAAAAUGCAAUCUGAACUUGAAAAAGGAGACAAAACCAACAUUCAUACGCCCAAGACCAGUGCCAUACGCCUUAAAAGAGAGAAUAGAAGCCGAAAUUGAUCGUCUCGAGAAACUGGAAAUCAUUGAAAAAACAACUUACUCAGAAUGGGGAAGUCCCAUAGUACCCGUGGUAAAACCUAGCGGUGAAAUUAGAUUAUGUGCCGAUUACAAAGCUACGAUUAAUAAAAAUUUAGAAGAUGACAAUUAUCCAAUACCAAGAAUCGAUGACUUAUUCUCGAAAUUAGGUGGUGGAAAAUAUUUUUGUACAUUGGACAUAAAUCAAGCAUAUUUACAUAUGGAGGUUACAGAAGAAAGUUCAAAAAUUCAAACGAUCACAACACAUAAAGGAAAUUAUCUAGUAAAAAGAUUAAUGUUUGGAACUAAAAUUGCACCAAAUGUUUGGCAACGUUUUAUGGACCAGGUGUUAAUUGAGUUGGAAGGAGUAUCUUGCUUCUUCGACGACAUUGUGGUCCAGGGAGCGACUUAUUCAGAAUUAUUACAGCGACUAGAAAAUGUUUUCUCAAGAUUGGAAAAGAAUGAUUUACAUCUCAAAAGAAACAAAUGCCAGUUUUUACUAAAAUCAAUUACGUAUUUAGGACACAAAAUAGACGAGAACGGACUACACCCAUUGGAAGACAAGAUAAAGGCAAUAGUAAAUUGUCCAAGACCAAAUAAUGUAGACGAGUGUGAGGAAAGUUUCAGAACGCUAAAGGAAGAAAUAACUAGUCCAAAAGUACUUAUACCAUAUAAACCGAAACUUAAAUUGGUAUUAGCUACGGAUGCAUCUCCUACGGGAUUGGGAGCAGUAAUUUCACAUAUCUUACCAACAGGCGAAGAGAAACCAGUAGCUUUUGCGUCACGAUCGCUUUCAAAAGCUGAAAGAAACUACAGCCAGAUUGACAAAGAAGCGACAGCUAUCGUCUGGGGAUUAAAAAAAUUUUUUCAUUAUUGCUAUGGUAGGAAAAUAACACUUGUGACGGACCAUAAACCGCUAACAAGGAUCCUCCAUCCCGAAAAAAUACUACCAGCUACAUCGGCAAUUAGAUUACUAGAUUAUGCAAGUUACAUGGCAGGAUUUAAAUAUGACAUCAUCUAUCGAAACACCAAAGACCACGGAAAUGCAGAUUUUUUAUCACGAUUUUCUACAACGGAUGAAACCGAGAUAACGAAACUGUCAGAAGAAAGCGUAUUUUAUAUAAACCAACUUCAAAUGUUACCCGUAACCAGAGAGGAAAUUAGACGAGAAACUAGAAAAGAUCCAGAAAUUACUAAAUUGAUUAUAUCACUUGAAAAUGGAGACGAAGACCAAAAUUUGACGAAAUUUACAUUGGAAGAUGGAUGCCUGUUUAACGGAAUGAGAGUGGUCAUACCAAAAACAUUACAAAAAAGAAUACUGGAAGAAUUGCACACAGCACAUACUGGAAUUGUCAAAAUGAAGGCACUUGCUCGAAGUUAUGUAUGGUGGAAAAAAAUAGAUGAAGAUAUUGAAACUUUAACAAAGGAAUGCCGGCAAUGCUGUCUUACUAAGAACAACCCAAAAGCAAUCACCAAAUACCAUACCUGGGAAUACCCAAAAUCACCGUGGCAGAGAGUACAUAUUGAUUACGCUGGACCAUUCCAGGAACAUUACUUCCUGAUAAUAGUCGAUGCUUAUACAAAAUAUCUUGAAGUUUUCCCUACAAAAUCAAUGACAACGGAGAUAACAAUAAAAAAACUAAGAGAAACAUUCAGUAGAUUUGGACUACCAAUCACUUUGGUAAGUGAUAAUGCUACCAAUUUUAAAAGCCAAGAUUUCAAGGAAUUUACACAAACAAAUGGAAUUAUACAUCGAUUCUCCGCGCCGUACCACCCUUCAACAAACGGCCAAGCGGAGAGAUACGUCCAAACGGUCAAGAAAAAACUAAAAGCAAUGGCAUCGGAGCCAGGAAAUAUCCAUCUCAAAUUAUGCAAACUCUUAAUGCAGUUUAGGAAAACACCAAGUGCAGCCACGAACCAGAGUCCGGCGGAGUUGCUGUUAAAAGGGAAUUUCAGAACACGUAUCGAUCUGGUGAGAAGAGAAAUAGGAACAGAAAACAAAAAACAAGAAAACUUAAAAAUAAGAGACUUUCAACAGGGAGACCAAGUCCUUGCGAGAUUUUAUAACAACCCAGAAACAAAGUGGAAGACGGGAAGAAUCAUAAAUAAAGAGGGAAAUUUGCAUUACGAAGUAGAAGUAGAGGGAGCUAUACACAGAAGACAUGUUGAUCAAUUGAUGAGUACUAAAUUCAGAGGACCAAAUGAAAAGAUUCCUGAAAUAAUAGAAAUACCUGAAGGGGACAAAGAAGCAGAGGAUAGCGAUAAAACCACUACACCUGAAACCAUAAGAACAGAAGAAAGAGAAAAGGAACCAGAAGAGAUCAAAGAAGAGUCAGGGCACCAAAAAACUAUACCAAAGAAAGAAACCAAAAAAACAGGUGAGGAAUCAACCGCAACAGAAGGUUUACGACGUUCGACACGAAUAAGAAAACCACCACAGAAAUUGGAUUUAUAA